GGUCACGACUGAGAGGCCUGUGUCAGAGAUGCCACUCAGCCCAGCCGACAUCCUCAGCUCUUCUUCCACUAUCUCCAACAAGUCGAGGACCAGGCCUCGCUACCGCACCAAGGCCACGAGCUGUGAGGUGGAUGAGAGCCUCUUCGGAGCCAUCAAGCACCUGUCCCUGACUGAUGGGCCCAUCGUGCUGCUCCGGGACCGGAAAACCAUCAAGAGCUCUCUCAGUGCCCUAGGCCUGCAGCACAAGCCUAAGACCAUCCAACUCAUCACCCGGGACCUGGUCCGGGAGCUCAUCAUUCCUACCAAGGACCCCUCCGGAGAGUCCCUGAUCAUCAGCCCUGAGGAGUUUCAGCGCAUCAAAUGGGCCUCUAAGGUCCUUACCCGGGAGGAGAUGGAAGCCAGGAAGCAGGCCUUCAAGAAGGAGAAGGAGGCUGCUGUGGAAGCUGUAUCCACACGCAAGAUGAUCAUGAAGCAGAAGGAGAUGGUCUGGGCACAUAACAAGAAGCUCAAUGACCUGGAGGAGGAGGCUGAGCAGCGGGCCCAGGGCCUCCUGAAGAGAGCCAACCAGCUGCGCAUGGAGCAGGAAGAGGAGCUCAAGGACAUGAGUAAGAUCAUCCUCAAUGCCAAGUGCCACGCCAUUCGAGAUGCCCAGAUAUUGGAGAAGCAGCUGAUCCAGAGAGAGCUGGAGGCAGAGGAGAAGCGACUGGAUGAGAUGAUGGAGGUGGAGCGGCAGAAGUCCAUCCAGCGACAGGAGGAGCUGGACCGGAGGCGGAGAGAGGAGCGGAUCCGGGGAAGGCGCCACAUUGUGCAGCAGAUGGAGAAGAACCAGGAGGAGCGGUCCCUGCAGGCUGAGCACCGGGAGCAGGAGAAGGAGCAGAUGCUUCUGUACAUGGACCGGUUACACGAGGAGGACCUCAGGGACAUAGAGCGGAGGCAGCAGCAGAAACUGAAGAUCCAGGCUGAGAUCAAACGCAUCAACGAUGAGAACCAGCGGCAGAAGGCGCAGCUGCUGGCCCAGGAGAAGCUGGCGGAUGAGAUGGUGAUGGAAUUCACCAAAAAGAAGAUGGCCCGGGAAGCUGAAUUUGAGGCUGAGCAGGAGCGAAUCCGGAGGGAGAAGGAGAGGGAGGUUGCACGUCUGAGGGCCAUGCAGGAGAAGGCCCAGGACUACCAGGCAGAGCAGGAUGCUCUACGGGCCAAGCGCAACCAAGAGGUGGCCGACAGAGAGUGGCGCCAGAAGGAGAAGGAGAAGGCACAGAAGAAGAUGGAGACAGAGGCCGAGCUGCGGAAGAGCCGGCUGGAACAGGUGGCCAUCAAGGAGCAUGCCCUGGCCGUGCAGGUGCAGCGUGACCGAGAUGAGUUUGAGAGGAUCCUUCAGGAGCAGCGGAAACAGAUUGAGAAGGAGCGGCUGGAGGAGGAGCACAGGAUGACAGGGCGGCUGCAACAUGCCAACGAGUUGCGGCGCCAGGUGCGUGAGAACCAGCAGAAGCAGGUGAAGGAGCGCAUGGCCACCUUCGAGGAGGGCCGGCGGCUGCAGGAGGAGGCAGAGAAACGGCGCCAGCGCAUUGCCGACAUCAAGAGGCAGAAGUUGGAGGAGCUGAGAGCCACCGGCCUCCCCGAGAAGUACUGCAUUGAGGCUGAGCGCAAGGCUAACAUCCUGGCAGCUGCGCCCAGAAGCUGAGGGCACCGGGUGGCUGGCUCAUCAGAAACCCCACUGCUGGUCACAGAGUUCUUCCUGGUUAUAGAUUAAAUCUAUUUGGCUUCUUA